AUGUACGGCGCUGGAACUGGCACCGGUCCUCAGACCGGAGUCUCUACUCCCCGCACAUCCGCGUCCCUCCGCCCUCUGACUCUCUCACACGGCUCCCUCGAGAACUCGUUCUUGGUGCCCACAAACCUACACUUCCACGCCUCUCAGCUCAAAGACCGCUUCACUGCCAGUCUUCCUGAGCCGACAGACGAGCUCGCCCAGGAUGACGAGCCUUCUUCCGUUGCCGAGCUGCUCGGUCGCUACAUGGGCUUUGUCGCCAAUGAGAUUGACGAGGGUGAGGAUGAUGAGUAUGGCUCGUACGAAGAGGUUCUCAAGCUCGUUCUGAACGAGUUCGAGCGUGCCUUCCUACGCGGCAACGAUGUCCACGUUCUGGCCAAGGGCCUGCCAGGCAUCCCGGCAAAGCAGAUUGGCGUGGUAAAAGCCUACUACGCUGCCCGCUCCGUAUCAAACAGAGCCAUCAAGCCCCGGGAGUCGGCUCUGACAAGAGCUGCCGAGGACGGCGAUGCCACUCUUUACAGCAUCUUUGGCGGUCAAGGAAACAUCAUUGAGUACUUUGACGAGCUCCGUGAGCUCUACGACACCUACCCGGCUUUUGUAGGCGAGCUUGUGACCUCGUCGGCGGACCUUCUUCAGAGCCUCGCCGCAGACCCCAGAGCUGAGAAGAUGUACGCCAAGGGUCUCGACGUCAUGUCAUGGCUGCAGUCGAAAGACACCACGCCUAACGACGACUACCUCAUCUCGGCCCCCGUGAGCUUGCCACUGAUUGGUCUAGUGCAGCUUUGCCACUACCAGGUCCUCGGAAAGGGCCUUGGUGUCCACCCUGGCAUUCUCCGUGAGCGCAUGGAGGGCGCCACUGGUCACUCUCAGGGCAUUGUCGUUGCUGCCGCGGUAGCGGCUGCGGACUCUUGGGAGACCUUCGAGAAGGUGGCCAAGGAUGCCCUCACCAUUCUUUUCUGGAUCGGUGCGCGCAGCCAGCAGGUCUUCCCUCGGACUUCUAUGACUCCUGGCAUGCUCAAGGACUCGGACGAGAACGGCGAGGGUGAGCCGUCGCCCAUGCUUAGCAUUCGUGAUCUGCCGCAGAGCGCUGUGCAGAAGCACAUUGAUGCCACCAAUCAGUACCUCCCUGAGGACCGCCACAUCGCCAUCUCUCUCAUCAACAGCCCGCGGAACAUGGUUGUUACUGGCCCGCCGACUUCACUGUACGGUCUGAACCUGCAGCUCCGCAAGGUCAAGGCUCCAACCGGCUUGGACCAGACUCGCGUGCCUCACACUGAGCGCAAGGUCCGUUUCGUGAACCGUUUCCUGCCAAUCACCGCGCCAUUCCACAGCAAGUACCUCGCCGAGGCUACCAAGCUCAUCGAUGAGGACCUGAAGGACGUCCAGAUUGACGCGAAGUCUCUGGGCAUCGCCGUGUUCAACACCUUCACUGGCGAAGAUUUGAGGAGCGAGGCCAAGGGCAAUGUCGUCCCCUCCUUGGUGCGCAUGAUUACGCGCGAUCCAGUCAACUGGGAGAAGGCGACGGUCUUCGAGGAUGCGACUCACAUUCUCGACUUCGGCCCCGGCGGUAUCUCCGGUCUCGGUAUCCUCACCAACCGCAACAAGGAGGGUACUGGCGUUCGCGUCAUCCUCGCCGGCACUAUUGACGGUUCCCCCCAGGACGUUGGCUACAAGUCUGAGCUCUUUGACCGUGACGAGGAACACGCUGUCAUCUAUGCGACGAACUGGGUCAAGGAGUACGCUCCUCGCCUAGUCAAGACUACCAGCGGCCACACCUACGUCGACACAAAGAUGAGUCGGCUGUUGGGUACACCUCCCCUUAUGGUCGCUGGUAUGACUCCUUCCACGGUCCCUUGGGACUUUGUGGCAGCGACCAUGAACGCAGGUUACCACAUCGAGCUGGCUGGUGGAGGUUACUACAAUGCCAAGACGAUGACUGAGGCUCUCACCAAGAUCGAGAAGGCGAUCCCUGCAGGCCGUGGUAUCACUGUCAACCUUAUCUACGUGAACCCGAGAGCCAUGGGCUGGCAGAUUCCCCUCAUUGGUCGCCUCAGGGCCGAAGGCAUCCCGAUCGAGGGUCUCACUAUUGGCGCCGGUGUCCCGUCGCUCGAAGUGGCUCAGGAAUACAUCGAUACCUUGGGUCUCAAGCACAUUGCUUUCAAGCCCGGCUCGAUGGAGGCCAUCCAGGCUGUGAUCAACAUCGCCAACGCGAACCCCACCUUCCCGGUCAUUCUUCAGUGGACCGGUGGUCGCGGUGGUGGCCAUCACUCCUUCGAGGACUUCCACCAGCCCGUCCUUCAGAUGUACGGGCGGAUCCGCAGAGCUGAGAACAUCAUCCUUGUCGCCGGAAGUGGUUUCGGUGGUGCCGAGGAUACCUACCCCUACCUCACCGGUGAAUGGUCCAAGGCCUAUGGCUACCCUCCCAUGCCGUUCGAUGGUCUCAUGUUCGGCAGCCGCAUGAUGGUUGCCAAGGAGUGCCACACUAGCAGGAACGCCAAACAAGCCAUUGUUGACGCGCCUGGCGUUGGCGACGAUGAGUGGGAGAAGACAUAUAAGGGCCCUGCCGGUGGAGUUAUCACCGUCCGCUCCGAGAUGGGCGAGCCCAUCCACAAGCUUGCCACUCGGGGUGUCCGCUUCUGGGCUGAGAUGGACCAGAAGAUCUUCAGCUUGGCCAAGGAGAAGCGCCUUGUCGAGCUCAAGAAGGGCCGCGAGCACAUCAUCAAGAAGCUCAACGAUGACUUCCAGAAGGUCUGGUUUGGAAAGAACAAGGCUGGCGAGACCGUGGACCUUGAGGACAUGACCUACGCCGAAGUCGUGCGCCGCAUGGUCGAGCUGCUCUACGUGAAGCAUCAGUCUCGCUGGAUCGACCCUUCCUACACCAGGCUAGUUGGUGACUUCAUCCACCGUAUCGAGGAGCGCUUCACUACCAGCCCAGGACAGUCCUCGCUUCUCCAGAACUACUCUGACCUGGAGGACCCCUUUGGCACUGUCGAGAAGAUUUUGUCUCAUUACCCUGAGGCCGAGGACCAGAUCAUCAACGCUCAAGACUCGCAGCACUUCCUAAUGCUCUGCAAGCGGAGAGGUCAGAAGCCCCCUACCUUCGUUCCUGCUUUGGAUGGGGACUUUGAGUUCUGGUUCAAGAAGGAUUCCCUCUGGCAGUCUGAGGACCUGGACGCCGUCAUUGACCAGGACGUUGGCCGCACAUGUAUUCUCCAAGGUCCGGCCGCCGUGCGGUUCUCGACCAAGAUCGACGAGCCCAUUCAAGAAAUUCUGGACGGCAUCCACCACGCCCACAUUGAGAGCCUGACCACAGACCUCUACCAGAGCAAGGCUGCUUCCAUCCCUGCCAUUGAAUACUUUGGUGGCAAGCUCGUCGAGACCGAGACCGCUCUUGACAUCGAUGGUCUCUUCAUCACAGAGGAUGAGCAGAAGAGCACUUUCCGCCUGUCUCUCGCUCCGUCCGUUGUACUGCCUGCGGACGACGCUUGGAUGUCUCUUCUGGCUGGACCCAAGCGGUCAUGGAGACAUGCUCUCUUCACCUCUGACAUCAUUGUUCAGGGUCAGAAGUUCCAGACCAACCCUCUGAAGCGCAUCUUCUCUCCUGUCCGCGGACUCUUUGUCGAGAUCCAGUAUCCCAAGGAUCCCUCCAAGACUGUCAUCAUUGUCCGCGAGCAACCCCGGCACAACCAGUACUCUGAGGUUAUUCGGGUGCACCGCGAUGGCCAGGGCGUUAUCCACGUCGACAUGAUCAAGGACACCAAUGCUCUUGGCAAGCCUGUCGCCCUCCCCCUGCUCUUCACCUACCACCCUGAGGCUGGAUAUGCACCCAUUCGGGAGGUCAUGGAAGGCCGCAACGACCGCAUCAAGGAGUUUUACUGGCGCGCGUGGUUUGGAGGCGAUGAGCUGCAGCUCGACGCCCCUGUCACUAGCAAGUUCGAUGGUGGUGAAACUACCAUCACCAGCGAGGCCAUCAACGACUUCGUCCACGCUGUUGGCAACACUGGCGAGGCUUUUGUCGAUCGUCCUGGCAAGGAGGUGGUUGCUCCUAUGGACUUCGCCAUCGUCGUUGGCUGGAAGGCUAUCACCAAGCCGAUCUUCCCCCGCCGCAUCGAUGGUGAUUUGCUCAAGCUUGUCCACUUGUCAAACGGCUUCAGAAUGAUGCCUGGUGCGGAGCCCCUCAAGAAGGGUGACAAGGUCAAGACCACUGCUCAGAUCAAUGCCGUCGUCAACCAGGAAUCUGGCAAGAUGGUUGAGGUCUGUGGCACGAUUUUCCGCGACGGCCAGGCUGUCAUGGAGGUGACUUCCCAAUUCCUCUACCGCGGUGUCUACACCGACUUCGAGAACACCUUCCAGCGCAAGAUCGAGACUCCCAUGCAGAUUCAUCUGACCACCACCAAGGACAUCGCUGUUCUCAAGUCCAAGGACUGGAUCAGCUUUGAUAAUGACAUGGAUCUUCUUGGCCAGACCCUGACCUUCCGUCUGCAGAGCUUCGUCGAGUUCAAGAACAAGACAGUCUUCAGAAGUGUGGAGACAAGGGGCCAGGUCCUCCUGGAGCUCCCCACCAAGGAGAUCAUCCAGGUGGCCAGCGUCGACUAUGUUGCCGGUGUCUCCCACGGCAACCCCGUCAUUGACUACCUUGAGCGCAACGGCUCUUCUAUCGAGCAGCCUGUCAACUUUGAGAACCCCAUUCCACUCAACGGCAAGGCGCCACUCCAGCUCAAGGCCCCUGCGUCGAACGAGACUUACGCCAAGGUCUCUGGCGACUACAACCCCAUCCACGUCUCGCGCGUCUUCUCCAGCUACGCCAACCUUCCCGGCACCAUCACCCACGGCAUGUACUCCAGUGCUGCCGUUCGCAGCUUGGUUGAGACGUGGGCUGCUGAGAACAACGUCGGCCGCGUUCGUAGCUUCCACGCCUCGCUCGUCGGCAUGGUCCUGCCCAACGAUGACAUCCAGGUCAGACUGCAGCACGUCGGUAUGGUUGGUGGUCGCAAGAUCGUCAAGGUCGAAGCCAGCAACGCCGAGACCGAGGAGAAGGUUCUGCUUGGCACGGCCGAGGUUGAUCAGCCCGUGACCACUUACGUCUUCACCGGCCAAGGUUCUCAGGAGCAAGGCAUGGGUAUGGAAUUGUACAACAACAGUGCUGUCGCCAAGGAGGUCUGGGAUCGUGCUGACAAGUUCCUGCUUGACAACUAUGGCUUCUCCAUUCUGAACAUUGUCAAGAACAACCCCAAGGAGCUCACCGUGCACUUUGGUGGCCCUCGCGGCAAGGCUAUCCGCGAGAACUACAUGACCAUGACUUUCGAGACCGUCGCUGCUGACGGCACAGUCAAGUCCGAGCGCAUCUUUAAGGGCAUCGAUGCCAAGACGACGUCCUACACCUACAAGUCUCCUACUGGUCUUCUGUCUGCUACGCAGUUCACCCAGCCUGCCUUGACCCUCAUGGAGAAGGCUGGCUUCGAGGACAUCAAGGCCAAGGGUCUUGUCCCACGCGAGAGCACGUACGCCGGUCACUCUCUCGGAGAGUACUCUGCGCUUGCCUCCAUGGCCGAGGUCAUGCCCAUCGAGUCUCUCGUCUCUGUCGUGUUCUAUCGUGGUCUGACCAUGCAGGUCGCCGUCGAGCGUGACGAGCAGGGACGCUCUAACUACUCGAUGUGCGCCGUCAACCCUAGCCGCAUCUCCAAGACCUUCAACGAGGAGGCUCUGCGCUUCGUGGUUGCCAACAUUGCGGAGGCAACUGGAUGGCUUCUUGAGAUUGUCAACCUCAACGUUGCCAACCAGCAGUACGUCUGCGCUGGCGACCUGCGCGCCCUCGAUACCCUGACGAACGUUCUCAACAUUGUCAAGGCUCAGAAGGUUGACAUUGCUCAGCUUACCAAGGAGCUGAGCCCCGAGGAUGUCAAGGCUCACCUGCUGGAGAUUGUCAAGGGAGCCGCAGCCCAGACUGAGGCCAAGCCCAAGCCUAUUGACCUCCAGCGUGGCUUUGCUACAAUCCCGCUCAAGGGUAUCGAUGUGCCCUUCCACUCUACCUUCUUGCGCUCUGGAGUCAAGCCCUUCCGGUCUUUCCUGCUCAAGAAGAUCAACAAGACUGCCAUCAACCCUGCUCUCCUGGUCGGAAAGUACAUCCCCAAUGUCACUGCCCGACCAUUUGAGCUCACGAAGGAGUACUUCCAAGAGGUUUACAACCUUACCAACUCACCCAGGAUUGCUGCCAUCCUUGAGAACUGGGAGAAGUACCAAGACGAGCCUAACGGCUCGUCUGUCGGUGGUAGCGACGACUCGUACGUCAAGGUUGAGGGUAACUAA